GUUUUAUUAACUUUUUAUCCACUGGCAACACUAAGUGAAAAGAAAACAUAUGAUAUCCAAAAUGGGAAAGCACAGAAAUCCACAACAAGAAAAAAUCUUUAUCGAUUUCAUGGAGUCGCACGUUGAUAUCGCUAGAGGUUACGUCAAAGGGGACCGUGUGGUUAAGGAAGCCUUGUGGGCUGAUUUGGCCAAAAAAUUAAAUUCAUGUGGACCACCAACCAAGGAUUUGAAUGGAUGGAAAAAAACGUGGACAGACUGGAAGGUCUAUGUUAAAAACAAGAUGUCCCACAAUAAAAAAGAAAAUCUGAAAACUGGUGGUGGCCAAUAUAAUAAAUAUGUUCUUUCAGAUGCAGAGGAAACCGUGGCUAGACUGACGGGAAUCUACAGAAGUGUAGAUGGUAUUAAUUCCUCUAAAGAUUUCGGAGAAUCCACAAUUGAUUUGAUUCUAAAUGAAUCUGAAAAAGAAAAUGAAAGUGAAUGUGACAUACAUCUGACAAUAUCAGAAAAUAAUCUAAGUGCAGAAACUCCAUCAACAUCAAAAAAACGUAUUUCUCGAACUCCAUCUCCGAACCCGAAACGAUGCAGACCAAAUACUCCACAAGUACCUUCAAAAGCGGAAUUAAACAGCUUAUUGGCAGAAGAAAAUAAUCAUUUAAAAUCAAUCACAAAGUUGAUGGAAGAACACCUCGAAGAAGCUAAAAUACUAAAUAAGAAAUUGGAUAUGCUUUGCAAUAUUUUUGAAAAUCAGUAUAAGGCAAGACAAUUAAAUGACAUAGAAACACAAAAGCAAUUACGUGAAAAAAAUGAACUCAAAUUAAAAUUAAUAGAAAUUGAGACCUUAAAGCUUUCAAUAGAAAGAGAAAAAGUCAAACAUUCGUAAAAAAAUAUAUUUUUUAUCUGAUCUCUUAAAAGCUUAAUGUACAAACAUUAUAAAUCUAUUAAUAUAUUUUGUAUUUAAGUAUUUAUUUACUGUAUUAAAUGAAGUUCCUUUUAAAGUACAAAUUUUUAUGUUAGUGGUAACUGCCUAUUUUGUAAUGUUAUUUAUUUUUUAAUUAACCCAUUUUAUGUUAAAUGUAUGAAUUAAAUAAAUUUUAUUAUACCCUCCACCACCAUCAGUGGUGAUAGAGGGUAUAUAUAAGUUUGUCA